AUGCGGGUACCGAACGCGUCGCCCUGCGGCAUUGUUACGAACUUUGAAACGCGAUGCAGCGAUCACUUCCACCCUAGCGUACUUGCCUACGUGCUGAGAAACAGAGCGGCGCAUGUCGCGAGGAACUCCCGCGGAGCCCUGCCGCAGCGGCUGCGCGACGAGCUCUGGCAGAUUGGAGCCUCGGCCGUCAGCGCCAGCAGCCACCUGGAGCCGCAAACAGCAGCGACGCUGCUGCUGUCGUUGGCCAAACUAAGUGUAACGCUUCCCGACACGAUCAAGGCGCUGACUUCGGAUUUCAAGUUUCAACGAUCGCACCCAAAGGCGAUAGCGCUGACGCUCAACGCCUUCGCACGCCACCCAAGGGCGUUACAAUACGUUCCCGGGAGUUUCUGGGCUGGAGUCGCAGAAGCUGUCAAGCGUCUCGACGCGCAGUUCUCACCGCAGGAUGCGGCGGGCUGCGCCCUCUCCAUAACUGGGCUGCUGGCGGCCAACCGCUAUCGCAGUGCCGAUGCCACCGGUGCCUGCAACACCCCCAAUGGCAUCGAUUUGAUUGACCGCCAAUCAUCGCAGAAAUUGAAGGCGACACAGGCCCAGGUGUUGUCGUAUGCUGAGCGCAUGAUGCGCCAGCUUGACAUGUUUGCCUUCCAAACCAGGGAUCUAUCAUGCAUCCUGCGGGCGGUCUACGCCUCCAAGGUCGAGGCGCCGUCACUCAUCAUCGCAACACUCAGUAGGCUUAAGGAGGCCAUACCGACGUCUCUGAAUGGUAUCGACGACGCCAUAUACACGCUGGACCUGCUACCACCGCCGGACUUCGCCGCGGACACCGUCGAGAAACGGCGCGUCAAACGGGACGUUGCACGCGCCGAGAAGGCUUUCGUGGAGUGGGUGUUCGAAUACCUCGAGGAACACCUGGAUUGCCUCAAGGAUCGUGAACUAGCACGGCUGGCCGCGGCGUGCAAUAGGCUGAGGUCGUGGUCGAACGACCAAUUUGCGAUCAAAUUCGCCCAAAGAUGGCAAGAGACGCUCAGGAGCAUGGAAGUGAUGCCGGCGAAAUACCUGGCUCACGGGGUGUGCUAUUUCCUCAGGAGGUACGAGGCCUCGGUCACCAGGGAGCUCGCCAACAAAGGCACCGAGGAACAGCAGCGAAUAGCGCAGGUGUCAGACCUAUGUGCCCGUGUGGGUGAAAUGUUGUACGACCAUGCGGCGACGCAUUACUCGCCAGAAGAUCUCCGCCGAGUCGAGGAGUUGGUGCAUGUGGCCGAGCAGUGCCGCGCAAAGCGCAAAAGUAGCCAGACUAUUGCGCGCACAUAG